AAUAUUGCUUUCAGUGAACUCACAACUUCAGUGGUAUCAGGCGAAAGUGAGAAGCCAACGUGUCGCUAUACUCUCCACAAGGAUUCUGCCAAUGGCCCUUUAAUAAAACUUGCGCAAGUGGGUGAUAUCAUUUACCACGUGUGGAAUUGUCCAUCCGAGGUGUAUGGAAUGAUGAUACACGAUUGCUCAAUAGUUGACGGACAAGGCAAUAAUCAUACUGUCAUCGAUUCAUAUGGAUGCUCAACGGACACAUUCCUCAUGCCUGAACUUACGUACUCUUCCGAUCUCACAAAGUCCUUCACGGCUGCGAGUGCUUUCAAUUUUCCUGACCAACAGUCAGUCUACUUCAACUGUCAAGUUCGUAUCUGCUAUAAAUUGGAUGAAGGAUGCACGGAUAUCACGGUGUCGUCAUCUGCAUUAUAA